UGGCACUGAGGGACGUGGUCAGUGGGCAUGGUGGGGUGGGAUGGGGAUGGACGUGGUGGUCUCAGGGGUCUUUUCCAGCCUUAAUGAAUCUGUGAGUUCUGACCUUUGUGAGAACUCGUUCCUGCUACGGGUGGCAGCUGCGUGCCGGGAGACCGAGCUACAACCUCUGUGGGAACCUGACCCUUUGCUGAACCACCUCUCAAUAAAACGUUUAAGAGAAUUUCCCGUGUUGGGUCAUGAUUGGCUUCCAGCCACCAUUCUCAUUCUCUUUCUUCUGAGGGCACAGCAGUGUUGAGCUUCGAGAUGUCCCCACCACAGGUUUUCCCCCACGGAUAACGGCCGCAUUGUGGCUGCUUCCCCCAGGCCCCGUGUUUCCACGUUGCCCAACUUCAGGGCUGAUAAAAGGCGCUGGGGGCUUGGGGCGGGCACGGGGUAAGGAUGCCGAGCUGCUGGGUGCUGGUGCUGGCGCUGCUGGGGGGGGCCUGCGCCCUCCCGGCCCCCCUGGGCUACACCCAGGCUCUGACCCAGGCCGUGGACACCUACAACCAGCGGCCCGAGGUGCAGAACGCAUUCCGGCUGCUCACUGCCGACCCCGAGCCCGGCCCGAACGUCCAGCUCAGCUCCCUGCACAACCUCAACUUCACCAUCAUGGAGACGCGGUGCCAGGCGCGCUCGGGCGCCCAGCUCGACAGCUGCGAGUUCAAGGAGGACGGGCUCGUCAAGGACUGCGCUGCGCCCGUGGUGCUGCAAGGCGGCCGCGCCGUGUUCGAUGUCACCUGCGUGGAUUCCAUGUCGGACCCCGUCCGCGUCAAGCGCUUCUGGCCACUGGUGAUCAGAACUGUGGCUGCAGGAUACAACCUCUACCGGGCGAUCAAGAGGAAAUGAGCCAUCCCCAGAGCCAGCUGUCACCGCUGUCCCCUUGCUGCCUUCCACUCAAUAAAGAUCCUUUCUGGC